GGCAGCAGGAGGCGUUCAUACGUCCGCCCAUUGCCACAGGGUGAUCGGCCACAGUUUUAAACAGUAUCUUCGCGCCCUCACUUCUAAGGGCUCUCUCCGAUCGAUUGAUGAAUUAUCUCAAUUAUUUGUGGCAAUCAAUGGCAGUCUGAGUUUGUGAGUUUUGUGUCUUUAAGAAGCCUGCAGGAUUUUUACAGUGCGCAAGAUUGGUCCAGCCUUCUAGCGGCUCUCCAGACUCCACCAUGGAUACGACCAGUUACGUGCCCAACAACCCCCAGUUCGGAGUGCAGUUUGAGUGCAACUGGAGUGCUCCUACUUCGCUCCAACAGCUGUCGACUUGUACAGACGAUUUAUCUUCCUGUUGGAGCGACGAGAUGGGAUCAUUCUCACUUCCUCUAGACUUAGACCCUCUUCCAAGUUUGUUCAAUAUUUCUCCGUGCGGCAACGUAUCAUCCACGUUAAGAACAGAGCCGAAUUACCCGUGCCAAAAUUCGCUCAGGGAUCAGAAGCAGCCUUGUUCGGAUGUGGCCGACGUGUUGCUCUCUCUGAAACAUGCUGUGGUGCAUCCGGGUCAGAGCCCAAGCGACAAAUACGACGCUUUUCAGCAGCCGAUGUACCAUUCUCAGAUGCUGCUGUCGCCAGGGGGGAGCAAUUUAUGCGACCAGAGUUUCGGAAUCGCCCAACAGGCGCCCCUUUUCCCUAGCAUGUCCGUUAAUGUUUCCAUGAAUAUGACCAUGCACGGGUACCAUACCAACGCCGCCGGACAUUCAUCGGACCUAUCCUGUCCCCAGGUUCAAUGGACGGCCAACACCCAAAAUCCUGUGCCAGGCUCCUAUCAGAACCAGGGCUUACUGAGUCCGUCGUACGGCGGCACCUACUCGUUCACCGCGGACUUCCGGCCGCCCCAAGACGUUUCGCCCAUAUUAGCCACAAACGCCUACAAGCCCAUGUCUAUGUCCUUCACUCCCCAACGACGGAGGCCCAGUUUCAGCUUGUUGGAGGAGGAUGGACAGAAGCCGAAUGUUUGUCGGAUCUGUGGAAAAAGCUAUGCACGUCCAAGUACAUUAAAGACACACCUGAGAACUCACAGUGGAGAGAAGCCAUUCCGUUGCAGCGACUGCAACAAAUCCUUUUCGCAGGCAGCCAAUUUGACCGCUCAUGUUAGGACUCAUUCGGGGGAAAAGCCCUUUAGGUGCCCCGUAUGCGAUCGGAGGUUCUCUCAAAGCUCUUCGGUCACCACACACAUGAGAACGCAUUCUGGAGAACGACCCUAUAGAUGCAGAUUAUGCAAAAAAGCUUUCUCCGACAGCAGCACCCUGACCAAACAUUUAAGAAUCCACAGUGGCGAGAAACCUUACGAGUGCAAACUGUGUCUAUUAAGAUUCAGCCAAAGUGGAAACCUCAACAGGCAUAUGAGAGUUCAUGGCACCACCAAUGGGCUGCCUCCGUGACACACAUGGUUCAGUUAUGCCGCCUAAAUUAACUAUGCAGAGUUACUUUUUUGUACAUAUCAUAUGUAAAAAUUUAACCUUCGCAUCUACUCUAGUCACUACCUACUUAUAUAAGUUUAGAUUGAAUUCAACUUCUGCAUAUUGGUUUAACUGAAGGCCGGAUAUGGCAGAAGAAAAAUCGUAAUUCAAAAAUAAAAAAUACUCAAUGAUGUUCGAAAAGAUAUAUUUAAUAAAUGGAGCCCUUAAUAAGUACGGCCAGAAUGCUGUAAACAUAUAAUAAGA